AUAAGCUCAAGUUCUUAUAGAACAGUUUACUGUGAAAUUGUAAAUAAUUUUGAUUUAGGCAAAAUGCAUUCUCUUGUUAAUGUUGGGAAGCGGUUUCAUAUCCAUAAGUUGUGCCAGAGUGUCUGGUCUGACUUGAUAAGUGGUAAAGUUCAAACAGUUAAGUUAGCCAGGUGCUCUUUGCCUCCUAUUUUUAAUUAUAGAUGCGAUGGAAGACAAAGACUUUUUAAUUUUAAGAUGAAGCCACUCAGGGAUGGCUCUGUUCUCUUCAGUAACACAUAUUGUCCUGUAAACACUGUGCUGUGUACAAGAUUAUUUAGCACAACAUGUGUAUUAUCAAAGAAAAAGAAAAAUAAAACUCUGAGAGCAGUUCAAGACCAAGAAGAAUCAGAGGCACAGAUUGAUGACAGUGUUCUAGUAGACCCAGCAUUUGAUGCUUGGAGGAGUGAUUCAGAUAUCCUCGGCUUUAUUAGCUCCCAUGAAAACUAUAGAUUUGACAUGGGAGUCUUAGUGUUGCAACCAUGGGUGAAAUGGGGCCCUCACAUGAAAACGACGACUACCCCUGAAAUGAUGUUAGACGAAGCAGCCGCUUUGAUUGCUACGUUGCCAGGAGUUCGUGUUGUCCAUAAGGAGGUCGUCCCUAUUCGUAGUAUGGAUUCAAAAGUGGUAUUUGGCUCUGGAACUUUAGACCGUUUAGUGUCCUUAGCACGGUCUUCAGAAGAAAUUACUUCUAUUUUUAUUAGUAUUGAUAUGCUGAAAAAAGUUCAGGUGGAAUCUCUACAACAAGCCUUUGGUUUGAAAGUGGUGGAUCGCUAUUCUGUGGUUUUGGGGAUUUUCCGACAUCAUGCUCGCACAAAAGAAGCAAAAUUGCAAGUUGCACUUGCAGAAUUACCUUACAUCAAGAAGCGAUUAGAGUUUUAUGGAGACAAGGAGAAAAUGAUGAUGAUGAAUCGAGAGAAACGCCUUCGUACUACUCUUGAUUCUAUUGCUAGUAAUCGUGCUCACAUUAGACAGAAUCGAAAGAAAUCUGAUAUUCCAACUAUUGCUGUAGUUGGCUACACAAAUGCAGGAAAAACCUCUUUAAUUCGAGCUAUCACUGGUGAUAAAAGAGCAGAAGGAAAGAAUCAACUAUUUGCAACUCUUGAUGUUACAGCCCACGGGGGCCAACUUCCAUGUGGUGUUGACAUGAUUUUAAUUGAUACUGUUGGAUUCAUACAGGAAAUUCCUACAGAUUUAAUAGCUUCAUUCAGAGCCACUCUUGAAGAUGCCAUUUGUGCAGACGUUGUGGUCCAUGUUCGAGAUGCCAACCAUCCAGAUUAUGAUUUGCAAGGCAUAAUAGUUGAGAAAACUUUAUCAUCUUUGCCACUCCCAAAAAAUACACCUGUAAUUACUAUAGCCAACAAGGUAGACUUAGUAACUGAUAAGUCCCUUGAAAAAUUUGGUGGAAUACAGUUAGUGUCCUGCACAACUGGUCAAGGUUUGGAGGACUUAAUGGCAGAAAUUGAAAGUCAGGUUCUUAAGGUUACAGGACGAAAGUUUUGGCGUUUCACUCUCCCAACUGGCUCAGAUGAAAUUAGCUGGCUCCGAAAGGCUACAGGUUUAGUGUCACAAGAGAUGGACGAAGAAGAUCCUCAGGUAACACGUGUAGUGGCAGUGAUGACUGACCAAGAAAUGGCUGCAUAUAAAAGAAACUUCAGAAAAUGAAUGGGUUCAGUUAGUAGGUAAGAUUUUUGAAAGGAGAUUCUAUGUAUUACUGAAGACAUUAUCAGUGUAAAUUUUAGACAUUACAUGUUCCAUCUCUUUGUUGAAACUAUUUCGUGUUCAAGUGCUUUUACAAAAAUACCUCUUAUGUGUCAUUUUUCAAGAUCUGUAUACAAUGUUGGUAAAGACAUUUAGAAAUAUUGUAAGUAUUUUUACAGAAAUGAAGUAGUAUUUUUGGUUGAGAAGCGUCAAAAAGUUUCCAUGAGAUUUUAAUAAUUUAUAGAGGUAAAUCUACAACUUUUGUAUUGAGAAUUCAGGGAUUUUUAUCAUUUUUUUUUUCAUAUGUGAAUGUUUUGACAAAAACAGACCUGAAAAUCAUUUACAGCUACUUAUAUGUACAGUUUUUCAAUUUAGUGUUUGUACAGAAAUAAAACACUACUGUAUAUACAUGA